AUGUCCCCGAACACUAUCCCCCUCAAUGUCAUGGCUAGAGAGCGGUGCCGCAUCCCAGUCGGCGACCCAACGAGCCUCAGGGCACUCCAGAAUAUCCACUACGACAUCCCAAUCAUGCCCCGCAUCCCCCUCUACGUGGGACUACUCGUCCGCGUCAUCCCAAUCCAACCCACAACUCCCGCCGCCGGGGAAUCCCCCGACGAAGACCCCCGCACUGCCCCGCCGACCUACACCGCCGCCGCGACGAGUGUAGCUGGCAAAAUCAUCGGCAUACGGACUCUCGAGAGGAACACAGUCGAACUAGUCGUCAAGAACGAUGACAUCUCCACUAGAACUGCAUACGCCUACCUCACCGUCCACCACGCCGAAGGCAAGACGGUACACCUCCCCCUUGGACUGCGCGCGAUCCGCGCCGUCUCCCGCCCCUUCCUCCAGAAGACGAGGGACGUGCCGAUCGAGCAUGAUGCAGUAAUCACCGCCGCCCCUGCCCAGUUCUCCGCGACUGGAGAGCGAAACGGGCCUGACGAAGUAAUACCGACGGCGGAAGAGUGGAUACGGCGCCGGAAUGAGCAGAGAAGGCUGUAA